GAGUGUCUGCUGUGCUGUGGGUUUCCUUAGCAGGUUGCAUGGUACACCGGCACACCAGUAUCAGCUAGUAUGUGCAACUGGAUGAGCUGGCCAUGUGACACUACAUAGGAAAUUUGCUACUUUAAUGUCACCUACAGUGCCCAUAGAUGACUUAAAACAUCUGGAAUCACCUGGUGAUACCGGGGGGGGGGGGGGGGCAUGAAGAAAGCAAGACCUAGCUUCACUUCUCUAGCAAGUGUCCAAAAUAAGUAUUUAUAAGCAUGCCAAAAAUUCCAGCUUUUGUUUUACCCUCAAGGUUAUAUUCUUUUUUAAGUCUUAUCUUUACUUAUGUGUGUGCACAUGUAACGGCUGUGUGCGCAGGUGCCCAAGAGAGCCAGAGAGGGUGUCAGCUUUCCUGGAGCUGGAGUCUGAAGUGAUUGUGAGCUGGGUGCUAGAAACCCAUGCUCAGAUGUUCUGGAAAAGCAGCAAAGGCUCUUACUUGAGUCACCUCUCUAGCCACUCAUUCCUACUUGUAACUAUCUUCCUCAGACAUAGAUCUCGCAUGAGCACCUUCACACAACCAUGGUCUGAAAAUCUGUCAACCAGCCUGACAAAUACCCACUGAUAAAAAUAUGUGUAGGGUGAAAACGCUCUAUUCCGUUAAAACAGUCGAUGAGAUUAGGACGACUGUUAAGGACAUUGGUUAUAUAUUCAUAUCAAUAAUUAAUAACAAUUAUUAAAACAACAAUCUGAGGGGAAUAGAAUACCUGGUGUGUGCAAAGGAGGCGCUCAGUAAAUACGAGCGGAACGACAUGCGAGCGGGAAUACCCUGCCAGUACAUACGCCUUUUCAUCUUAACAUCGUGAUAUUCAUGCUCGAUGAGGAAAUGCCCUGUGUUUAGCCUCCAAAUGAACUUGGUGGAGCAGCUCAAGUGUGACCCAGGCCGUUCCUGGCAGCACUCUGUGGGAGCGGUGACCUGGAAAGCUCUGGUAAAAGUUACUGAAACUGCUACAGUGUACGGGAAAUCACUGCUAAGUUUAAGUCCAAGCAGGAAUGAGAACCAUACCUGCGGAGAAAAGAGGGGAAAUGGAAUCACUUUAAGGCAGGCGGAGCCUACAGCAGCCUGCCAUUUGGCAUGUGCUUCUGCAGAAAUACAACAGAGGACCCAAAGAGCUCCAGGAUCCAGGUGGAGGUGGGGUGGGGUGGGGUGGGUGUGUGUCGAUGGGGAGGGGCCCACUUAACCAUACCUACGACUCACAAAGUUGGGUAGGACCUAUCCAGUUAACUGCUUUCAAAGGAGACUUUAUAUGGAUGUAUAUAGCAGGGAGCUGACUUCCUUAGUCGAUUGGGCCCUUUGAUUAUUUAUCUCUGAAAGAAAACUGUGUGUCUGUGUAUAGGAGCAUAAUGACAGCAGAAUUAUGUCCAUAAAAGACAAAAGGAAAUGCGAUUCAAAAGGUCUUAAUAGUCUUCAUAGACUGAUGCGGUAUGUGGAGGCCAGAGCACGGCAGUUAGUCAGCUGUGCUUCAUUUGAUGCCCACCCUCAUUUUCAAACAAACACCAUACAAAUAAAGAGGCAAAAGUCACUUUUUGCUGGAAUUUCCUUUAAAAAAAAAAAAACUUUAUUAUUCAGGCCAAACUUCCAAAGCUGGUCCAAAGAUAGAGACAAAGGCUAAGAAGGGUCUGCAGUGGCUUUUCUCACUUACAGGUACCUAACUAUGAGUGUGCCAAUUUAAAGUUUAUUUUAGAUCUCAGUAGAAACCAGAAAAGCUAAUCCUUUUCGAUUUAGAAUUUGGUGGGUGUGGCAAUCUAGGAAGACCUAGGAAAUAACUACUGUUUGGUUUGGAUGUUACGCUUGUCUACUAUUAAAAGAGCAUAUAAUUAUAGCCUAAAUGGAGACCCAAAUCUUGAACAGACUAAUCUAAACUUUCAAAAUGUGUACCUUUUAAUGUAACCAUCAAAAACUAUAGCCUGCCAGAUGUUGUAGCACUCAGCAUAACACGGAGCUUACAUUGAAGUCAGGAUCCUUUAAAAAAAAAUAAAAACCCCUUUCUUGCUCUCCAGCUGACAUUACACACCUAAGGAGGGCUUCAUUAGAUCUACUUUGGAGACGUUAAAUGAAUUAUUUUGAGAUAGUUCAGGCUUUUGUUUAAAUGCAGGCGAGAUCUCUCCUUUUACUGUAAGACGAAAACCCUUCUUACCCCUCCCCCACGCCUCAUGUCUUAAUGUUUCAAAAAUUAAAUCUAGAGGUCCGGGGUUCUGAAAGAUUGCCUAGUCUAGACAAAUAGGCGGAGGAAAAGAAGUAGCAGAGGAGGGGGAGAUACGGGCGACAUGGCAGCUCCAUCCCGUUGAAAAGGGGUGGGGUGGGAAUUCCCAUAUAUUUACAGCUUCUCUAUCCCCAGCACCUUUUCUAAAAAGACUCCCAGGCAGGAGAGAGGCGAGGGACGCUACAUAGGACAACCUGGGAGCGGCGGCGGUGGGGGAAGGGGGGACCCAGGAACCCGGCCUGUCACCUGACUGCCAGGAAGAGGGACGUGCAGCUGGGAGCAUCUGAGGGGGGUGGGGAGACCUGGUAGAAGAUGGCAAGAUCCAGCGCUUCCUGGCAGAGCGCUGGCUCUUUCCCUAGACGUGCUCUCCCGCUUUCGGUCGGAGGCUGCCUUUCCAAGACGGGGGAGUAACCUCUGGCAGAGCACCCGGGUUGGUCCUUUUGCAUAGCCGGUGGGAGGAGGGAGGGUGUCCCAAACCAGCGGCCUCAGAUGUGCACAAGGUAGCACAGGAAAUCUUAAGUAGUGUUAUUUGUGACACCAGGGCGGGACAAGAGGUCUGCUUUCCAAAGAGAAGGCUUCGCGUCUGUCUGCAGCAGGCGACAGUCCCGGGCGCCACCUGCGCUUCGGGCGCGGGCCAGGCUGGUGCGCGCCGGGCCCCCAGCGCCCGCUACUGAGAGCGUGAAGUGACCGACCGUGAGUCCUCCGGCUUGCGUCCCCUUCCAGCACCAGGGACUCACGCCCCAAUUACUGCUUGCUCAAGGGUGGACGAGCUCCGGCCGAGCCGCUGCCCCGCCCCGUACUACCUGGCAGCUGCCCGGGUGCAGCGCACAGCGCCCCGCGCGGCCCCAGCAGAGCCCCUGCCCUCCCACCUGCGCCGCGCGCCCGCCGCUCCGUGCUCCCGAGACAGGAGACGCGGCCCCGCUCCCGCUCGCGCCCGCGCACUCGGCGCAGCGCGCGCGCCCGCCGCUCCGCCCGCCCCCCGCGCUCUCCCCGCCCCCUCCCUCCCCCGCAGGCACGAGCGAAUGUAGCCCGCGAGAGAAAAUGGCGGCGGCGGCGGGCGAUCGCGCCUCGUCGUCGGGAUUCCCGGGCGCCGCGGCGGCGAGCCCCGAGGCGGGCGGCGGCGGCGGAGCUCUCCAGGGAAGCGGCGCGCCCGCAGCGGGCGCGGGGCUGCUGCGGGAGACUGGCAGCGCGGGCCGCGAGCGCGCGGACUGGCGGCGGCAGCAGCUGCGCAAAGUGAGGAGUGUGGAGCUGGACCAGCUGCCGGAGCAGCCGCUCUUCCUCACCGCCUCGCCGCCCUGCCCAUCUACUUCCCCGUCGCCGGAGCCCGCGGACGCGGCUGCAGGAGCGAGUGGCUUCCAGCCUGCGGCGGGACCGCCACCCCCGGGAGCAGCGAGUCGCUGCGGCUCCCACUCUGCCGAGCUGGCGGCCGCGCGGGACAGCGGCGCCCGGAGCCCCGCGGGGGCCGAGCCGCCCUCUGCAGCGGCCCCCUCCGGUCGAGAGAUGGAGAAUAAAGAAACCCUCAAAGGAUUGCACAAGAUGGAUGACCGCCCAGAGGAGCGAAUGAUCAGGGAGAAGCUCAAGGCGACCUGUAUGCCUGCCUGGAAGCACGAGUGGUUAGAAAGGAGGAACAGGAGAGGCCCUGUGGUGGUGAAACCAAUCCCUAUUAAAGGAGAUGGAUCUGAAAUGAGUAACUUGGCAGCUGAGCUCCAAGGAGAGGGCCAGGCAGGCUCUGCUGCACCAGCUCCCAAGGGCCGACGAAGCCCGUCUCCUGGAAGCUCCCCAUCAGGGCGCUCAGGGAAGCCGGAAUCCCCAGGAGUGAGACGGAAACGAGUGUCCCCAGUGCCUUUCCAGAGUGGCAGAAUCACACCACCUCGAAGAGCCCCGUCGCCAGAUGGCUUCUCACCGUACAGCCCAGAGGAGACGAGCCGCCGUGUGAACAAAGUGAUGAGGGCCAGGCUGUACCUCCUGCAGCAGAUAGGACCCAACUCUUUCCUGAUUGGAGGAGACAGUCCAGACAAUAAAUACCGCGUGUUUAUUGGGCCACAGAACUGCAGCUGUGGGCGUGGGACAUUCUGCAUUCACCUCUUGUUUGUCAUGCUCCGGGUGUUCCAGCUAGAACCCUCCGACCCCAUGCUAUGGAGAAAAACUUUAAAAAAUUUUGAGGUUGAGAGUUUGUUCCAGAAAUACCACAGUAGGCGUAGCUCAAGAAUCAAAGCUCCAUCUCGGAACACCAUCCAGAAGUUUGUCUCACGCAUGUCAAACUGUCACACAUUGUCAUCGUCUAGCACAUCCACAUCUAGUUCAGAAAACAGCAUCAAGGAUGAAGAGGAGCAGAUGUGUCCCAUCUGCUUGUUGGGCAUGCUGGAUGAGGAGAGCCUGACUGUGUGUGAAGACGGCUGCAGGAACAAGCUGCACCACCACUGCAUGUCAAUCUGGGCAGAAGAAUGUAGAAGAAAUAGAGAACCGUUAAUAUGUCCCCUUUGUAGAUCUAAGUGGAGAUCCCAUGACUUCUACAGCCAUGAGUUAUCAAGCCCUGUGGAUUCCCCUACCUCCCUGCGAGGUGUACAGCAGCCCUCCUCCCCGCAACAGCCUGUGGCCGGAUCACAGCGGAGGAAUCAGGAAAGCAAUUUUAACCUUACUCAUUAUGGAACCCAGCAGAUUCCUCCCGCUUACAAAGAUUUAGCCGAGCCAUGGAUUCAGGCAUUCGGAAUGGAGCUCGUUGGCUGCUUAUUCUCUAGAAACUGGAACGUAAGGGAGAUGGCCCUUAGGCGCCUUUCCCACGAUGUUAGCGGGGCCCUGUUGUUGGCGAACGGGGAGAGCACUGGAACUUCUGGAGGCGGCAGCGGAGGCAGCCUAAGUGCUGGCGCCGCCAGUGGGUCUUCCCAGCCCAGCAUCUCAGGGGACGUGGUGGAGGCGUGCUGCAGCGUCCUGUCUAUCGUGUGCGCUGACCCUGUCUACAAAGUGUACGUUGCUGCUUUAAAAACACUGAGAGCCAUGCUGGUAUACACUCCUUGCCACAGCCUGGCAGAAAGAAUCAAACUUCAGAGACUUCUCCGGCCAGUGGUAGACACCAUCCUAGUGAAGUGCGCAGACGCCAAUAGCCGCACGAGUCAGCUGUCCAUAUCAACACUGUUGGAGCUCUGCAAGGGCCAAGCGGGGGAGUUGGCAGUUGGACGAGAAAUACUUAAAGCUGGAUCCAUCGGUGUUGGUGGCGUUGAUUACGUCUUAAGUUGUAUUCUUGGAAACCAAGCUGAAUCAAACAACUGGCAAGAACUCCUGGGUCGCCUCUGUCUUAUAGACAGAUUGCUCUUGGAAUUUCCUGCGGAAUUUUAUCCUCAUAUUGUCAGUACCGAUGUCUCACAAGCCGAGCCUGUUGAAAUCAGGUAUAAGAAGCUGCUGUCCCUCUUAGCCUUUGCCUUGCAAUCCAUUGACAAUUCCCACUCUAUGGUCGGCAAACUCUCGCGGAGGAUUUAUCUGAGCUCAGCACGAAUGGUGACCACAGUGCCCGCCCUGUUUUCCAAGCUGGUAACCAUGCUAAGUGCUUCUGGAUCCUCCCACUUCGCCAGGAUGCGCCGGCGUCUGAUGGCCAUUGCAGACGAGGUAGAAAUUGCCGAGGUCAUCCAGCUGGGUUCGGAAGACACUUUGGAUGGCCAGCAGGACAGCUCGCAGGCAUUGGCCCCUCCCCGCUAUCCAGAGAGCAGCUCCCUUGAGCACACAGCCCAUGUAGAGAAAACUGGAAAAGGAUUAAAAGCUACGAGACUGAGUGCCAGCUCAGAGGACAUUUCUGACAGACUGGCUGGCGUUUCUGUAGGACUUCCUAGUUCAGCAACAACAGAACAACCAAAGCCAACAGUUCAAACAAAAGGCAGACCCCACAGUCAGUGUUUGAACUCCUCUCCUUUGUCUCCUCCUCAGUUAAUGUUUCCAGCAAUAUCAGCCCCAUGUUCAUCUGCCCCGUCUGUCCCAGCUGGCUCUGUAACAGAUGCUUCUAAGCAUAGACCUCAGGCGUUUGUUCCCUGUAAAAUACCCUCUGCGUCUCCCCAAACACAGCGCAAGUUUUCCCUACAGUUCCAGAGGACCUGCUCUGAGAACCGAGACUCAGAAAAACUCUCCCCAGUCUUUACUCAGUCGAGACCCCCACCCUCCAGUAACAUACACAGGCCAAAGCCAUCCCGACCCGUUCCGGGUAGCACAAGCAAACUAGGGGAUGCCUCAAAGAACAGCAUGACACUCGACCUGAACAGUGCUUCCCAGUGUGAUGACAGCUUUGGCAGUGGCAGCAACAGUGGCGGCGCCGUCAUACCCAGUGAGGAGACGGCAUUCACCCCAGCAGAGGACAAGUGCAGGUUAGAUGUCAACCCCGAGCUCAACUCCAGUAUCGAGGACCUUCUUGAAGCAUCUAUGCCUUCAAGUGACACAACAGUCACUUUCAAGUCCGAAGUCGCCGUCCUCUCUCCUGAGAAGGCCGAAAGUGAUGACACCUACAAAGAUGACGUCAAUCACAAUCAAAAGUGCAAAGAGAAGAUGGAGGCUGAGGAAGAGGAGGCGCUCGCGAUUGCCAUGGCAAUGUCGGCUUCUCAGGACGCCCUCCCCAUAGUCCCUCAGCUGCAGGUGGAAAAUGGAGAGGAUAUCAUCAUCAUCCAGCAGGAUACACCAGAAACCCUACCAGGGCAUACCAAAGCGAAGCAGCCCUACAGAGAAGACACCGAGUGGCUGAAAGGGCAGCAGAUAGGCCUCGGAGCAUUUUCUUCUUGUUACCAAGCACAGGAUGUGGGCACUGGAACUUUAAUGGCUGUGAAACAGGUGACCUACGUCAGAAACACAUCUUCUGAGCAGGAGGAAGUGGUGGAAGCCUUGAGGGAAGAGAUCAGGAUGAUGAGCCACCUCAACCAUCCGAACAUCAUCAGGAUGCUGGGGGCCACGUGCGAGAAGAGCAACUACAACCUCUUCAUCGAGUGGAUGGCGGGAGGCUCCGUGGCUCACCUCUUGAGUAAAUAUGGAGCUUUCAAGGAGUCAGUGGUCAUUAACUACACAGAGCAGUUACUCCGUGGCCUUUCCUAUCUCCACGAGAACCAGAUCAUUCACAGAGACGUCAAAGGGGCCAAUCUGCUCAUUGACAGCACCGGUCAGCGGCUGAGAAUUGCAGACUUCGGUGCUGCCGCCAGGUUGGCAUCCAAAGGAACUGGUGCAGGAGAGUUCCAGGGACAGUUACUGGGGACAAUUGCAUUCAUGGCGCCUGAGGUACUAAGAGGUCAGCAGUACGGUAGGAGCUGUGACGUCUGGAGUGUUGGCUGCGCCAUUAUAGAAAUGGCCUGUGCAAAACCACCCUGGAACGCAGAAAAGCACUCCAAUCAUCUUGCUUUGAUAUUUAAGAUUGCGAGUGCAACUACUGCACCAUCCAUCCCGUCACACCUGUCCCCGGGCCUGCGAGACGUGGCUCUGCGCUGUUUAGAACUUCAACCUCAGGACAGACCUCCGUCAAGAGAGCUACUGAAGCAUCCUGUCUUCCGUACAACAUGGUAGUCAACUGCUCAGGGUGCGCAACAAGGAAAGAAAACUCGCGGGCAGCCACGUUGAUAGUCUGCUGGCCUCAUACCACUGACCAGAAGAGGGGCCAGUGGGGAGCCCGCACCUAAGCAUGUGACUGACAAAUCAUAACUGCACCUGAGCUCCGUCUGCAGACGGCUACAACUCGUGCAGGAGCUGUAAACCGUGCCUUUCACAGGACGCUCUUAGGUGAGCAGGAAGGCGGUGGAGUUUGCAUGAUUAAAUAGCAUAAAUUUAUUUUUGGAGCACUUUUGCAGCAAUAUUAGCAGCUGGGGGCUCAGGAUCAACUUUACUGUGUCACUUCUUCUAUUUCACCUAGGGCCACAGCAGGGUUCUGCAGUUCCGUCUCGGUUUGUUUGUUUGUUUGAUUUUAUUGGGGUUUUUUUUUUUUUGUUUUUUUGUUUUUGUUUUUUAUCACUGGCUGUAAAAAAAAAAAAAGAAAAUCAGAGUAUGCUAUGAAUAGCAGUAAAUACAUGUGUUUUUAAAAGUUAAUAACUUCUUUAUUACCCACAGUUGAAUUUUUUUUUAACUCCUGGUUUAUUGUAGUUCAUUGUGCAUUUUACUGUUGGCCCGUUCAUUUCGUUUUUUCGAAAAAUAUGGUUCUGUAUUUUCAUUUCACCUUCUUCAUUUGUGUUGAAUAUUCAGGGAAAGGUGAUCUCUUCAAACCAGAAAAAAAUAUAGAAGUAGGUGUGAAGUAGUUAAUUAAGUCUGUGCUGUUGCAGGAGUUCUGUUUUCUGCUCAUUGGCAUGUAGGGAAUACUGGCUCAGCCUGCCCUCGUGGUGCGGGGUAAGUAGAAACUCACUCAGAACUCAGUUGUUCUUGGAUGCAGCUCACGGGGCAGGAUUGUCUGAAAGUUGGUGAAUUCUUUCAUAUUAUUUUGCUAGUCUAUAGGAAGUUCACACUUAAAUCUUCCUCUUUGUAACAAUCCAUCAUUCAUCCCCGCUGAUUGUAACGUAACUACUGUUUUCCUUCUGCCGUGCAUGAUGUUUUUAUACUAGACUGGGCUGAUAAACUCACUCACCUACCAAUCAGUAACGUUUUUUAAAACAAAUACUAAAUUUGCUCUGCAUUUAGAAAAUGCUCAGAAAGAAAAAUGAAGUUGAAUUUCAUUUACACACUUAAUUCCUGGCAUUUGCACAACUAUUUGUCUUAGCCUCAAGUUGAAUUCAGAUGCAUGGAAUCGUGAAGGAAAACGGUAGCCCUUUGUACGUGUGUCUUUUAAAUCAAGUACUGAUUAGCUCUUAGCUGUAACUUUGAGAUGUUAAGUUUUAACUCUUCAGAAGCCAGUGUGAAAUAGAAUUGGUUAUUCUCAAAGACUCAGGAUAAAGUAAAUAAGCUAUAUAUAUAUAUAUGUAUUUAUGUAGUACAUUUGGAAUGUACAACACAAAUUGGAAGUAAAAUAAGUCCCAAGACAAGUUUACAGGGAUAGACUGCAGAUAAUUUUCAAAGACAGUUUUAUGUAAAUGUGCUUCUUAGUGAAAAUUUACAUUCCUUUGUUUUGGAAGAUUGGCAAUAUUUGAAGAGUUAAAAAUAAUACAGAAAUGUGAAGUUUGGUAAUGCUAAAUGUAUUGUACUUGACUUUUUUUCUUUUUAUUUUUACUUUUUGACUACUUAGAAUUUUCACAAUUCUAAUGAGAUUGUCCCGAGUCUCUCAUGUGCAAGCUUUAAAGGACACACUCUUGCCAUUUAAUGUACUGGAAGACCAUUGGUCAGAUUAGACUGUGUCUGACAGAGAUGUAAACUGUAUAAACUGAGGAACCUCAGCUAAUCAGUGUUACCGUGUAGAUCCACAUGCCUGCCACAUUUCAAACUCAGACUGUCCCCAGAUGUCAGGACCCACCGUGUUUGAGUUUGUUUGCAGUCCCCUCGGCUUGCUGGUAAUUGUGCUGUUUUGUUUUCGAUGCAAAUGUGAUGUGAUAUUCUUGUUUUCUUUGGAUCAAAGCUGGACUGAAAAUUGUAUUGUGUAAUUAUUUUUGUGUUUUUAAUGUUAUUUGGUACUCAAGUUGUAAAUAACGUCUACUGCUGUUUAUUCCAGUUUCUACUACCUCAGGUGUCCUAUAGAUUUUUCUUCUACCAAAGUUCACUCUCACAAUGAAAUUCUAUGUGCUGUGUGACUAUGAUUCCUAAGACUUCCAGGGCUUAAGGGCUAACUCCUAUUAGCACCUUACUAUGUAAGCAAAUGCUACAAAAAAAAACUCUGGGUUAAGAAAAUUUGGCUUAAAUGUAUCCUUUGUUAUUUUAAAUAUAUCGAGAUAUUUUAAUUAAAAUUUUUACCCCUUUGAACCAAUUUUAUAGUAUUUGUACCUAUUUUGGUGUUUUGUCUUUAUAGUAAAUAAAAGUUUUUGAACAAAA